GCACUACAUUUCCCGGCAUGCCUCGCAUCGCUUUGUCCCUCUCUGGCCGCCGUCUCCCGGCUGUUUAGGCUCACAUUGCUCCUGCAGGUUCUGUGUGUGCGAGUUGCAGUCGGUGAGAUGUUCGUACGCCGGGCGCUGAUCGCCGGGGGCUCGGCCGCCACCACCAUACUUAUUGCAGCCGCAGCUAUUUCUAAAAGCAGGGAAGACAAGGCCGACCAUUGCAGCCUGCCAGCUGUUACCGGGCUGUGGGACAGUAACUGGGACCGGCGUGAGCCACGAUCACUCAUGAAUCUAAAUAAAAUUAAUGGAGAGACUGGGGAAGAGGAACUUCAGUUAAACAAGUAUAAGACCAAAGCUACCAGGCACAUCUUCCUUAUCCGACACUCACAGUACAACUUAAAUGGCCGUUCAGAUUCCGAGCGGGUUCUCACUCCUCUGGGAUGUGAACAAGCAGAGCUGACCGGAAAACGCCUGGCAAGUUUAGGACUGAAAUAUGACCAGAUCAUUCAUUCUUCCAUGACCAGAGCCAAAGAGACAACCGAAAUCAUCAGCAAAUAUCUACCAGGUGUGACAAAAAAGAGCACAGACAUGCUUCGCGAAGGUGCUCCCAUACGACCAGAGCCUCCAGUCUGUCAUUGGAAGCCAGAUGUUGUGCAGUAUUAUGAGGAUGGAGCUCGCAUUGAAGCGGCAUUUAGAAACUUCAUUCACCGUGCAGAACCGAAGCAGGAAGAAGACAGUUAUGAGAUUAUAAUCUGCCAUGCCAAUGUCAUUCGCUACAUAGUAUGCAGGGCAUUACAGUUACCUCCUGAAGCCUGGCUCCGCAUGUCCCUUAAUAAUGGCAGCAUCACCUACUUAGUGAUCCGCCCCAGUGGUAACGUGGCUCUGAGAUUACUUGGGGACUCUGGCUUCAUGCCUCCUGAAAAAAUCACCCGAACUUGAUACAAGCCCUCCUCUCGCUAUACCCUACAGCGUCCUCACUGCCAGCCCUACAGAUACCAGUCUGACAUCUGAUGCUGCACCACAACUUACCAGCUCCGUACCCUCUCUGUGCCUUCUCCUGGGGUUAAAUCUUCUUUUAAGCAGGGGGUGGACACUUCUUUUUACUGUAACCUUUUGAAGGCAUUAAAAUAUUUUUAAUUAUUUAUUUUACACUGCUUGAGUAUGGAAGCACAAAUUCAUCCCAAAUGAGUUUUUCCUUUCUAUAAAAGGUUUCAACGUUUAUUACGUACGUAUUGUCCUGGUAAAGUGAUAGUUUGGUCUAUUACUCUCUCUU